GCUUAUCCCGGACAGCGUUGUUCUUGCUCGGAUGGUGUUUUCCAGCUCCGUGCCCUUCGAUGAGUGAGAAAGUGCGAGAAGAGGUGUGCUCGUGCGCACGUGCACAUGUGCGUGUCCCAUCCCUGACUUGUCUACAGCUUACAAUUAUUGAGUCUAGCCACACACGACAUCUGAACGGACUCGGUCAAGUCAUUCCUGAGGAAAAAAAAUUGGAUGGGAACGUGCAGAAUUAUCGCAUCUGUAACUUUAAAAAAGUUUUCUCGGCUCACAGUGCUCCGUGGAAGAGUGCCGCAGUGCAGAUGAUACUGGCGAUUCAAGUUGUAUGACACUGGAUCGUGUCAGCAUCACUGUUCCCUACAGCAAUGCCAGCUUUGGUCUGAGACUGCUGCUGAGUGCAGACAACCAGGAGCUGGCCCCAGAUUUCAUUUUCGACGACCCCACGUUUCUGUCGAGCUGCGACGCCGCCGAUCUGGAGAAGUUGGUGCCGGCGCUGCGCGACUGGCGCCGCCUCUCUGACCUGCCGGCUCUGCUGCGUCAGCUACUCACCGCCUACAAGUCGCACGUGGUGAGUCGGCUGACACCGGGCGGAGCGCUCUGGGACGGCUACAGCCAGCUGCUGGCUGAGCUCGGGCCGGACGCCCUCGAGCCGAUGGUGGCCGCCGGAGAGGCGCGCCCGGCGCUGUACGUGCUGGUCCGCCUCCCGCUGGACCUGUCGACCCUCUGGGAGCGGCCACCGCCGGGCCGACGGCCGUGCGCGCUGCUGCUGCUCAAAGCCACGGAGAACGGUGGCGUAAAGGCGCGUCUGCGGCUGUCCCCGGCGCUGGCGGCGCUGGCGACUGACUGUCGACUACCGCCGCCGGCCAGCCGGCCGCUCACCGAGUACGUACAGCUGGUUACCGAGCUCACCCAGCGUCAGCUUCAGGAGGGCUCGGACGUGGGCCGGGCGCGCCGGCUGCUGGUGGCCGCACUGGUCACCGCCGCGCCCGACCGUCUGCUGGACCUGAGCGCCGACUGCAGCCGCAUAUCGCUGCGGUGGGACGGGGCCGUGGCAGAGCUGCUGCUGGCUGCCUACCCGCGCCGGCCGGCUACCCUCUGCCUGGCCUCCACGGCCGGUCGGUGGCGGCGCGAGGUGCCCCUGACGCUGUCAAACUCGGCGCCGGUGCCAGAGGUGGUGGACAUGAUCCUGGACAAGGUGGAGGAGCUGCUGAAGGGCGUGGACCGGGAUUCGGACUCGGAUGAGAGCCUCCUCUAAGAGA